AUGCCACUAGAUCAAAAUAUUGUAGCUACACAAAAAAACCAUCAAGAAAAAGAUAACAUCUCACCAGCAGAAAAUGCAGCUAUAAAAGAGCUCCAAACCAAUGAAAAAUUAACCAGAAAAGAAUCAAACAAAGGGAAAGGUUUUGUAGUCUUAACCAAAAACAGUUACAAAAGAGUACAAGAUGCAGACCUGGGCUUUGCAUUAGUUGUAGAUAGAAGAAAUGACAAAUGGAGUGCAGUGAAAACCAUACUGCUCAAGAUAUCUGGAUUUUUUCCUGGUCUUAUCCAGAUCGUAUUUGUUCUGCGACCUGUGGGUUUUUUCCAAAAAGCAAUUUCAGAAGUCAGCAACAAAUUUUUCAAAGAAGAAUUCAAAUUUAAGCUUAUUGUAUGUAGCACUGUGGAAGAAUUACAUGAACAUAUUGAACCUAGUCAACUCACAGAAGAUCUUGGGGGAACUAUUUACUACAGUCAUGAUGAGUGGAUUGAACAGAGAGUGGCAGUGGAGAAGUUUUCAACUAGUUUGCAGGAUAUCUCCUUAUCUCUUCGUGACAUGACACGAAGAUUACAGGACACAGAGCUGCCUAAUGAUGUCAGUUCCACUCUAAGUCUUUUGGAAAAUCAAGGAAGGGAGUAUAAAGAACUGAAGGAUGACUUACAAAGUGCAGCAAGGCAUGGAGAGACCUUAUUGAACUAUAUAAAACGACAAUUUAGUGAAGCUGGUUCUUUAGACAUGUGCUCUGAUAAACUUAUAAAUGUUACUGCAGUAGAAAGACUACUAGUUCAGCUGAAUGAAACAGAAAAUGGGUUUGACAGUGUUUGGAGUGACCAUGAAAACAAACUGUCUCAGUGCCUUGAGCUUCGAAGAUUUGAGCAAGAGUUCAAAGAGCUUCAGGUGAACAUGGCCACUAAUCUCAGAGAAUUGUACAGCUUUCCUGAAUCAGGAGAUUCUGUCUUGCAGAUUGACUUGCUGAUUGGACAAUUAGAGAAACUUAAGCUACAGACUGAGGACGACUUUGAUCGAAUGAAAGAAAUUCAGGCUAUGGGUAAAAACCUGAUUGUUUCCAAACAUUACGCCAUUGACUGUGUGUCACCCAAAUGUUUAGAAUUAGAGAGAAUAUGUAACGAGUUUCAGCAAAAACUUGACCUAAGAUUUGACCUUCUUUGGAAACACAGGGAUUUACAGGAAAGGAUAGAGAAAGCCAACAAAUGGUGUACAAGAGGUGUGGACCUUCUAGCCAGUCAACAGAUUGAGAAAUGUUCAUCGCCUGAGUAUGCUGAGUUGGCUCUUGAAGAGUUGGAAACAUUUCUCAAGAGUUCUAAUGAAUUCCGGUUAAACAAUCCACGAGAGUUUCACAACAUCUUUAAACAUAUGAUUACACCAGAGACUAAAUCUUUAGUGCAACAGGUUCUCCAAAGGAUAGAAGAUGUGCAAAUGAUGUGUGAGAAACGAAGAAACAACCUUCAAAAGCUUGUUUCACGUCCUCCUCGCCCAGUUCAGGCUGUAACACCUGAGCCAGCAGUUCCUUUUUCUUUACCCUCUGGUGGUAGUUCUGGCAGCUGUUUUUACCAGCGAGGUAAUAAAUCUCCAGAUGGUGAGCGCCGUUCCUUCAGGAAGGGGAAAACAGCACCUAAGAUGCACAUUGAGGUGCGGUUAGGGGAACCUAACAGCAUCUUACCCUCUCUACAAGAAUAUUGUUCACUGGAACUACAAUCGCCACAUAACCAGCAGGAAGUGAAGAAGGAUAGAAGACGCCAUGUCAUGACAGAAUUAAUUGAGACUGAAAAAAUUUAUGUAUUAGAGCUCAACAGUAUUAUACAGGGCUACAAGAGAGAAAUGGACAGCCCAGCUAUGAAAGAAUAUAUCCCAGAAACACUUUCGGGAAAAGGAGAAACUCUCUUUGGAAAUAUGAUGGAAAUUUACAACUUUCAUAAUAAUGUCUUCCUAAGGGACCUGGAGAACUGUAGCAGCAUGCCUGAAUUGGUUGGAUACUGUUUUGUUCAGAGGAGAGAUGCUUUACACAAGCUCUAUAGCACUUACUGCAUGAACAAGCCCAAAUCUGAAGCUUUGAGAAGGCAGUGUGGGGAUGAAAACUUGUUCUUCAAGGAAUGUCAGAAGAAGUUGGGACACAAACUACCACUAGGAGCAUAUUUGUUGAAACCAGUCCAGAGAAUAACAAAAUACCAGCUACUUAUCAAGGAUUUGUUGAAGUACACUGAUGAUGAAACAGCACAAGAAGAGCUCCAGGAGGCUUUAGAUACUAUGUUGGAUGUCCUGAAGUAUGUAAAUGACAGCAUGCAUCAAGUGGCUAUAACUGGAUUUCAUGGUAGCCUUGCUGACUAUGGUAAACUGUUAUUACAAGGACCUUUUAGUGUUUGGAUGGAGAAAAAAAAGGACAGAAUAAGAGAUCUCCGUUUUAAACCACAGCAACGUUUUAUAUUUUUAUAUGAACAGCUUGUUCUACUUACCAAGAAAUGUGGACGAGAUGAACAUCCUACUUAUGCAUUUAAAAAUGCCUUAAAGACUUCACAAAUUGGUUUAACAGAAAAUGUUAAAAGUUCACGAGGAGACAGUAAAAAAUUUGAAGUCUGGUUACAUGGAAGGUCACAAGUCUUUAUUAUACAGGCACCUUCCUUAGAGGUUAAAAAUACAUGGGUGAAAACUAUCAAAAAGGUUUUACUACAGCAAUUUGAAGAUCUCAAAGGUGAAAGUAGAAAACAACACACUGAAAAAGUCCCAAACAUUUAUAAUGGAACAAGAACAGCAGUUUCAAGUGCUCUCCAUAGAUCAAGAAACACAAUUGGCAGCCUUAGCUGGGACAAUUGUCCAACAGUCACCAACAAUAACCAACCUAUUGUUCAACAUGUUCCCGAGCUGGAGCGGAGAGCAACACUGCCCACAAUACGAUACCAUGGUUACAAAACAAAUAGCGUUUCAUACUCAGAAAAUCAUGAUGAUGGAUGGUCGACUGAUGACUUUUCACAGACUGAAGAUGAAGAUGAUGAUGGAGAUAUGUUUGUUUGUAGAAGUGAGGUUGGAAGUUCUUAUCAAGCCCUGGGAGAUUAUGAAGCUGUAGAUGUUGGUGAAGCUUCUCUUACUGAAGGGCAGGUUGUGGAAGUGGAGCGAGUGGGUUGUGCUGGCUGGUGGUAUGUAAGAGUCACGGAAAUAGGGACUCAUGGCUGGGUGCCAGCUAUGUAUCUUGGACCACUAAGUGGAAAAUAUGGCUCACACUCUACACCUUCAGUCAGCAGUCAAGAUUCAGGCAGUGGAAGCCUCUAUCAUGCAGUUAGUAGAACAAGCGUUGCUAGUACUGUCAGUUUGGAGGGUGCAUCAGCUUCGUAAAGGACUUUUCCAAGCAGUUAUAUAUUACUCUGUGGAUAAUAGUGAAAAACCACUGACUGGCAAGAAGUGGUAUAAAAGUCUGAUUGUUUUUUAUUUCAUUACAAAUGAUAAUGAAGAAUUAAGUUACUUGUUGCAGAUUGAACAGUUUAUAUGUAUGCCAGCUGUUGAUCAUCUAAUCUUUGUUUUCUGUUGAUGAUGUCCUUGUUAUUUGAAUUCUCCUACCCCACACUAGGAACUGCUUUACUCAAAUAUUGUGAAAGGAAAUAGUAUUUUGUGUAUGUUUGAUUUUUAUACACUAUAGAUACUUCAUAUUAUGUGUAUUUCUUUCAUCUGGUAAAAAGUAUGUUUUAAUGUAUUAUAGUAUUGUGUUUAAUAUUUGUAUAAAAACAUUAAGUCCUUUUAGGGCUGAAAACAGACUUUUGUCGAUUAUCAGUUCACUCCAAAGAACUAAUCGUUCUGUAAGUAGGUUAUUUUUAACAGAACUACAGAAGGGACUUAUCAUGUAGUAUUGAAAGUUCAGACUGCCAUAUGCUAUAAUUUACUGUACUGCCUACUACUACUCUGUACUGCCCAAAAAAAAAGGUAUCACAUUUCUUGUUCUUUAAAAUCAACUUCUUUAGAAAUGUUUUUCAUAUCACUUGUUACUGAAUAUUAUCUAUAAAGAAAAACAGUUUUCUUUGUUGCCUUUUAAAAAUGUUUUGCAUGAUGCUUGAUUUCUUAACUAAUGCUAAGGAUUUAAUGGUUCUUCAAAAACAUAGUUGGACUGAUCAUCAACAUCAGUUGUAAAGUUUGAUCUAGUUAUGCUAUGCCACCUGAGUCAUAACUUUUCAUAACGCCACUACUUUCUAUAUAUUUGUAACUAACAACUAUACUCUUUGAUCACAGAAAAACAAUUAAUACCAAGUUAAAAAGCUUAUUUUAAAAUAUCUGAUAUUAGGAGUAAAACUCAGUGGAAGGAACUGAAAAUCAACAUCAUGGUCUUUUUUUGUUUGAUCAAAUGUUGCCUUGAAUUUUGUGAUAAACAGCUUUCUGGAUGCUGAGUUCAUCUUCCAUAGAUGUUCAGUUUUCCGUCCCCUUGUGGCAAAGACGUUUAAGACUUUAGUACAGUUGCAUAACAUCACUGUUUGAACACAUUCAUCCAUUCAGUCAACGAAAUACCACUAUUUUAUCCACAGGAUUACAUUGGAUUUUGGUUUGGAAUAUUUCAGGAUAAAACAGAGAUUGGCAUAUGCUUCCCUGAAUUGAAUGAAUUUUUUUUUUCACGUAAUGUGAAAAUGUUUAGUUAAUUAUGAAUUAUAAAGUAUGUACAGAAGUUUAAGGGCACACUAUCAUCUUGGGAAUCUAGGGCUUAAUAUUGGUUAUGCCAUCUAGUGACAUUUUUUAGUAUCAUUACUCUAGUCUGAAUUUGAAUAUGAUAUAGGAUUGUAAAGUUUAUAUAUACUAAAAUUGUUUCGUUAGUAUUGACUUAAUAAAUUAGAUGGCAUUCUGAUGAUAACAUUCUAAACUCCUCAUUAGAAAAUGUACAUGAAUCUUAGAUCCUCAAGAUGACUGUAUGCCUUUUAAAAUCACUGUGAUGUUUUAAGAAAACGUUUUUGUAUAGAUUUAGGAGUUUACAGUUUUUUCAACUGCUUCAUUCUCUUACUGAGCUCAAAUUGUGUAACCAUUUUGCAAGCUCACUCUUUUGUAUACACUACCAUUGUGUUGGGUAGAAAUUUUUACAUUGCAGCAGAUUCAAACUGUUCUUAUUGAAACUAGAAGCUAUUUCUCUUGAAAUUUCUUUUUACUAUUAUAGAGAGGAACUAGUAACAUUUAUAAUGAAAUUUACUAUAGUAGUCAAAUAAUAGCUUGUUAAGAAAGCUUAUAUUAUUAUACUUACAGUAAAAUAUUUCUUUUCCCUUCUUUUCAGUAAACCUAUCUGUAUUUUGUUGAUUUUUAUUUGUCUAGUUGUCAGGCAAAGAGUUGCGGUAGGUUCAAUUUUCACCCCAAUUUUAUUGAAGGUUAAGAAAAAUGCCAUCAACAAUUUAAGCUACAUAUUCAUCAGAAAUUCUCUUUUGAGAGAUUGUACCUACACCCUUCCUUUCCUGCCUCCUAGCACAACAGAAUAUCCAAUCUAUCUGCUUCAAUUAGUGUGGGAAGAUUUUUUUGUUUAGCUAUUUAUAAUUAUACCUACUGGAUAAAAGAAAGGGUUGGUAUUGUGUUAGUGUCACACAUUCUAUACAAUGCCUCCUACAUUUCAAAAUAUUACACUUUUGGUUGAACUGUUGGUCAGAGUGAUAAAUACUUAAUUACUUGUUAUUAAUUCUUGACCAUUGGUAACUGCUGAUAAAAAUACUUAAUUACACAGAAUAGAUAUUUUUAUGGAAAUACAUUCACAUUGUUUAUAAGUGCGUUAAGAAUAUAGGUUGUGUUGAACACAAUUUACUUUCAAGAACUACUCAUUUUACAUUUUAGAAAAAUAAAGCAGAACGUAGUGAACCAAAUAUUCCACUGUAAAGUAUACAAUAUUUAUGAUUAAAAAGAGUUAUUUUUAUCUUCUAACAGGUAUGUAUUAUUAAACUUUCAACUGAAAUCCACAUUUGAAACAGAUAAUGAUAAUCAGUACAAGAUUUAUCAGUGAAAGGGAUUUUUGCAUUUUGCAUUCAUUAAUUUAUUAUACAGCUUAGUACUUGUAAACUUUUCUGUGAUACCUGUAUAUUGACAGUAACUGUCAGUAAUUUUCAGUCUGCAUAAUAAAAUUUAGGUAGAGCUAGAAUUCUUUUUUUUACAUAUGCAAUUCCGUAGGUUGUGAUUGUACUGUAAGCCAGAACUACCAAAAAAUCUAGAAUUACACCAUCUUUCUUUAUGGAGUAAAUAUAAUAUAGCCCAAAUACUACUUUUCUUUUUCAUUGAUUCCCAUUUCUUCAAUCUUUGUACUAAUCUUAGCCAUUACAUCUCAGAAGUGCACUUCAAACAGUGUCAAUCAUACCAGUAAUAUUCUGGAAAUGUGAAACCAAAACCUAAUGCACUUAUGGAUGACUUUCAGAUACAAUAAUUUUAGUAAUCUUUUGAACAGUCAUUGUGUUGUUAUAUAUAUAUAUCUUCGUACUGCCUCAUUUAUUUAAUUGUAUAGUUAGAAACAUUAGAAUAUUUCAU